AUGGAUUAUCCGUUUUCGGGCGAUAUAAGUGACUACUUUACUCUUGGAGAUCUAGAAAAACAGAUUUCUGUAGAUCCAAUAUCACUGAAAGAAUCAUCACACAGAGAAGUGAGUGCUGAACCGGUGGUGGAGGUGCCGGUUGUUGCUGCUCCAAAGCCGAAUGCACUUGACCAACGACCGCCCCUGCUGCCGCCUGCAAACCCCAAGUUCUUAAGCUUCAGUCUCCCAAACUCAGCAACCUCAUCGCCGCGAGUGAAGAAGAAAUGGAAAGACGAAAGCCAGGCAUCUCCUCGGCAGCAACUGGAGAAUCUGAGCCACCUGCAACAAGAAAUUGAGUUCCGGCGGAGCAAGUCAUGUGGUCAAGGGAGGACAUUUGCCCCGUCAGUUGACUUUGAUCUCUUGCUGAUCAAACCAAAUGCCGCCGAAAUAGUCUCCAGGCACUACAGCAGCCUCUUCAGGGCCGAGUCCAACAGAGUUGCUCAUAAAAAUGGCAAUAACAGGGACCCACACGACGAUGAGUUCACGUGUGGGGCCCUGUGCUUGUCCAUCCCUGGCUUUGGCAAGGCAAAGGCAGUGAGAGCAAGAAAGGUAGAGCCUGAUGAACUGGGAAAUGUCAUAUCCAGGACAGUUUCCUUGGAAAAGUUUGAAUGUGGCUCUUGGGCUUCAGCUAUGAUAAAUGAGCAGGAAGAUGACAACACCAGUCGCUACUUUGAUCUGCCAUUGGAGCUGAUACGAAGCAGCGUCAACGAGGCAGAUUCGCCAAUUUCAGCAUCUUUUGUGUUUGACACGGAUCGAAAGGGUGCCCAAAAGAAUGGAUCAACAAGAGCACAAGGCCGGAAAUCACACGAAUCAUCGCGCAGCGUUCGGUUUUCUACAUCAUCAGAUGCUGCAUCACCAACUGCUUGCGUUACGCCUCGCUUGCGCAAAGCUAGGGAUGAUUUCAAAGCUUUCUUAGAAGCACAGAGUACAUAA